AAAAAGCUACAAAAAACCCACCAGAGCCUGUAUGGUGCCGCCACAGAGUGCCCGCUAGCUUGAUAGAGCCUCAUUUUUACUAUUCUCUGAAAUCUAUUACCUUUUAAACCAUCAAUCUGUUACUUUUUAUCAAAUAGUUCUGGCAACACUGCUGCAGCUAAUUAAUGUAAGAAAAGAAGAAUCACGAAGGAAGAAUUUUAUUAUUUAUUAUUUUUGAUAUGAGAAAUAUAAUUUUAAUAAUUAAUUUGUUAUAUUUUAGCUUGUGAUUUUAGCUUUAGGAUAGUCCAUCAGUUAAUAAAUUACUAAAUUCAAAUAUGCACGGCAGACUAAAGGUUCGUACUUCUGAAGAGCAGAAAGCUCUUAAACAGAAGGAACAACAAAAGAAAUUGCUUGCUUACCACAUGGGAAUGGAAAAGAUUUUAUCAACAAGGAAAAAAGAUAGCUAUGAUUUAGAAAGUCUUCAAAUUAGUGCAUCUAUACUAUCAUCGAAUCCUGACGUAUAUACACUUUGGAAUUACAGGAAGGAAGUGAUCUUGAUGAAAAUAGAAGAAAGCAAACAGGAUGAGUUAGAAGGCGAGGAAAAACUCAUAUCAUUUCUGGAAAGUGAAAUAAAAUUUACAGAACAAUGUUUGCCAGAAAACCCAAAAUCAUAUGGUGCUUGGCACCAUCGCUAUUGGGUUUUACUGAACCACCCAAAACCAAAUUGGACCAAUGAAUUUGCUUUGUGCACCAAAUACCUCACAAAGGACGACAGGAAUUUUCACGUGUGGGAUUAUAGACGUCUUUUGGUCAACAAAAUUGGAAUAACAUUCGACCAUGAACUUAGUUUUUCUACAGAGAGGCUCAAUAUCAAUUUUUCCAAUUAUUCUUCUUGGCAUUACAGAAGCACCUUGAGAAAAUUGGAUUCAGAUUGUGUUGGACGUGAGCUAGAUCUAGUCAAAAAUGCCGUUUUUACCGAUCCUGGUGAUUCUAGUGCUUGGUUUUAUUUAAGAUGGGUUUUAAGUAAUCCAACAAUUAACGUACAGGCAAAAAUCGAACUGUUAAAUGAUUUUGAACAAUUGGAGGAAUUGGAACCUGAUUGUAAAUGGGUAAUUUUAGGAAAAUGUUGGCUCACUGGUAGCUUGGACCUUACCGCCAAUAAGUACCUUAAUAGGAGGGUGGAUUUCUACAAGAGACUGGCUGUGUUGGAUCCUUUACGUAAAGGACAAUAUGUGGAUUAUUUAAAAAUUGCUGAAAAAAAGACUUAAAAUCGAAGACCAAAAAUUGAAUAUAUUAUAUUAAUUAAACCUACAUAUUCAUUCCUGUUUUUUUCA